UUAAGGCUUAUCUUUCAAUAGUAAUAGCUUAAAAAAUUUUGUUUUUCUCAAAAAAAAGUUCUAGGCUCUCCUACUUUUAUGUGGUUUUUUCGGUGCAAGCACCUGUAGUAUUUAAUUUGAAAAAAAAGACCAAUUUAAGUCCGUACGUUCUCGUACAAAGAUAAAUAGACUAAAGGCUUUUAAUUGACGUUACUCGUUUACAUUUAAAUGAGCGCUCGCAGUGAAAAUGUCAACAUUGCAAAAUAAACAGUAAAUAUUUGCUAAUGUCACAAGAGUCUCUUACAACUAAGCACAGUGGUUAGUAAAGUCUUUUUAUGUCAAGUAAUGUGUUGAAAAUAACUACCAUCGAAUUCUAAAUGGAAUUGUUAUCCGGAUUUUAAAACGUUAUAUGUUCCAAGUGAUUUAGGUUUCUACAAAAAAAUGGGAAAUGGUCUAUUUAGCAGCUUAGUUGAAACAGAAGAAUUUUUGCAAAAAGGAGAUUUGUCCUUUAUUAAACCUCAAUGCAAGCAAGUUCACCUUAUUUUUAAAAAUGUUUAUUCACUUUUUUUUUGAAUAAGUUUUUAUGAUGACUCAGAUGAAACAUGAUGACUCAGCAUAAAAAUGAUAGCAGUAUUCUAUAUAAAGAUGAAACAUGAUGACUCAGCAUAAAAAUGAUAGCAGUAUUCUAUAUAAAGAUGAAACAUGAUGACUCAGCAUAAAAAUGAUAGCAGUAUUCUAUAUAAAGAUGAAACAUGAUGACUCAGCAUAAAAAUGAUAGCAGUAUUCUAUAUAAAGAUGAAACAUGAUGACUCAGCAUAAAAAUGAUAGCAGUAUUCUAUAUAAAAAUAAAUAAGAGCUUUUUAAAGAAUGGAAUUUGAAAUCGGAGUAAAAUGACAGUAUUGAAAUGUUUAUAACAUCGGAAAUUUGUUAAAUCUCAACAAAUUUGUUAAAUUUAUAACCAUGAUUAGAGGAGGGGAUCUAGAUUUCAACCAUGGGUAGAGCAAGGGGUCUAACUAAAAUGCAAUGUCUAGAAAUGAAUUUGCUUCUGAUGAAUUUAUUUCAAAAUGUUGUGGUGAAAUAAGCUAUAAUAUUGGAAGUGAUUGGUUGCGAUGGGGAAGACACCUCGGUCUAAGUGAUUCAGACCUUGAUAACAUUGGCUCUGAUAACAAAAAUUGUUAUGAAAAAGCUGAUAAUGUUUUUAAAAAAUGGAAACAAAAAAUUGGAAAUCUUUCAUGGGAGCAAUUAAAAAAAGAAUUAAUGGCUUUUAAUCGAUUAGAUAUUGUGAUUAAAAUUGAAACAAAAUUUGGAGAGAUUUCAAGUUCACCAAACAAAAAUUUCACUGUUUCUUCCAAUAAAGAUUUGUUGAGGAUGUCGGCUGAACUAAAAAAUGGGAAAAUUGCUGAACUUCAACCACUAUUAAAAGCAUCUGCAAAUGUUGAUCUCAUACAAAAAUUUGUUGAUCUAUGUAUUGUUGAUGCAGUGAAUGCUCAAAUGGAUGCUAUUUUCAGUGUUGAACGAAAGGAAUUUCUUGAAAAGCAAAUUCGUUAUACACCAAUUCCAUACAGUGAUAUAUUUAUGAAAGAAAAACCAGUAAUAUUAAUAUCUGGAAUAGCUGGUAUUGGGAAAACAUGGUUGCUUAGAAAAUGUUUGCUUGAUUGGUCAAAUGAUUUAAUUUGGAAAAAUGUUGAACUUGUUUUCUAUUUAGAAUGCAGGAGAAUUAAUCAAUAUCCAUAUAUUUCUAAUAUUAAUGAUUUACUAAAUGUGUUCUACAAAGAUAUUGUAAACAACUUUAAUAUUAGUAAUCAUACUGCAUUGUUUUUAAUUGAUGGAUUAGAUGAGUUUAAAUAUUUCAAUGAAUUGUUAAACCCAAGUUUGACUUGUAACUAUCCGAUUGUUAAUGCUUUAGCAGAAAUUCAAAAAUACAGACAUGUAAUUGCUGGUAGAGUUUAUGCAAUAGAUCAAUACCAAAGUAUAUCUACAGAACAUAGCGAUAAGUUAACCAUUCAAGUAAUGGGGUUUAAUGAAAAUGGAAUAAAUAAUUAUGUAGAAAAUCAUGUUACAGAAGAAAAAAAAGAAUUUGUAAAAACAACUUUAAAGGAGUCUCCAAUCGCAAAAGCCAUGGCAUCUGUUCCGUUUUAUUUAUCUUUAAUGUGUAAAAUUAUAAGUGAUUCGAAAAAAAUAGAUACAAAUUCUUUCUUAACAAUGACAGAUUUGUAUGCAAAUAUUUUUUUAUACUUUUUGCGAAAACAUAUCAUAAAAAACAAUAAGCUGAUAUAUGAGAUAAUGGAAGAUAGUUCCAAUAAAAAGUAUAUUUUAAAUAUUUGUAAAAUUGCAUAUAAAAUGUUUGUUAACAAUAAAAUAAUUUUUUCCAAAGAUGAAAUUCAAGCUUUUACUAAUGACUUUGAUAAAAAUGAAGGUAAUUUCUUUGGAUUUAUAGAAAGGAUUGAAAUAGAUCUUGGUUGUUAUUAUCAAUUUGUUCAUUUGACAAUAAUGGAGUUUUGUGCAUCUGUAUAUGCAUAUAAUUGUUUAAGUAGUGAUAAGAUUGUGGCCAAUAAGAGGCUGAAGAGUUGUUUAUCAAUGAUUUGUGGAUUAGCCAAUAAAAACCCAAAUAGUUUAUUAAAGUUUCUUGUUAACCUGGAUUCUUCAAAAAAAACCUAUAAAGAAUCUUCAUUUUUGUUUUCUAUUUUAGAUCGUCUAAGUAAAAGUGAUGACUUUAAAGAUUACGAUUUAUUCAUUGAAUGUUUUUAUGAAAGUCAAUCAUCAUUUAAUGAUGAAAUUAAAUCAAUUUUUGAUGAACGAGAAGAGUGGUGGAUUUCGAUUGUCGAUUGGAAAACUUCUUACUUUACUUCUUGCCAAAAUUAUUUCAUAAAUCAUUACGUAAAAUCUGGAAGAAAGUUAUCGUGGUUACUUGUUAAUAAAAAUAUUUUAAGUGAUGAAGAAAAAAAACUUUUAAUACAAUGUUCAACUAAUGUUCGCGUUGUCAACUUUGAUCGUCCAAUUAAUUUCGAAGGUUGGAAACCGAAAGAUAAGAUUGAAGUGUUGAGGAUCUCAGAUUAUUUAAUAACAAAAAAAGGUUUUAAAGAAAAGUUUCUUCCGUGGAUUAAUCUUUGUAAAGAAUUAAAUCUUCAACUUCACGACGACAUUGAUUUUAUUAAAGAAUUAUAUGAAUGGAUUCGUUGUUCGAAUGUCAAGAAGUUUAGGAUCUUGUACCGUGGAAAAAAUUUUUAUAACCUCGAUGAAUUAAAAAACUUUACAACACGAUAAAAUAUUUAAUACCUUAAAUAUAUUAAAUAAAAACAAUAACUAUAAAUAACUAAUGAAA